AUCCAAUCCAAACCACCACCACCGUCACAUCGGACGAUCGCAACUACGGACCUACGCAAAGCCACACCAAUUGCCACUGUCAGCGAGUAAUUGGAAGACCGCAAGCAUGUCGAAGAUCACGGUCGCCGGUGUGCGUACGAACGUACAAGAACUGCUCAAGUACUCCAACGAGGAGAAGAAGCGCAACUUCCUCGAGACCGUCGAGCUCCAGAUCGGCCUCAAGAACUAUGACCCACAGCGUGACAAGCGUUUCUCUGGAACUGUCAAGCUCCCAAAGGUCCCGCGCCCAAACAUGAGCAUCUGCAUUCUCGGUGACCAGCACGAUAUCGAUCGUGCUAAGCACGGUGGUGUCGACGCCAUGUCCUCGGACGAUCUGAAGAAGCUCAACAAGAACAAGAAGCUCAUCAAGAAGCUCGCACGCAAAUACGAUGCUUUCAUCGCUUCCGACUCCCUCAUCAAGCAGAUCCCGCGUCUCUUGGGUCCAGGUCUAUCCAAGGCCGGCAAGUUCCCAACUCCAGUUUCCCACGCCGACGACCUCUCCGGCAAGAUCACCGAAGUCAAGUCGACCAUCAAGUUCCAGCUGAAGAAGGUGCUGUGCAUGGGCGUCGCCGUGGGAAAUGUGGACAUGACCGAGGAUGAGCUGAUCGGCAACAUCAUGUUGGCUAUCAACUACCUCGUCUCCCUGCUGAAGAAGGGCUGGCAGAACGUGGGCAGCUUGACCAUCAAGGCCAGCAUGUCCCCGCCGAAGCGUCUCUACUAGAUGCACACACGCUUUCUUUCACGAGCAUGCAUGCAUGCAUCUGGGUUGGAUGGGCUUCAUCGAGCGUGUAGCUGUCCCCGUUGAUAGUCGGAGCUGCUCGCCUUUACUGGUUGAGUAGACAAUAGAGCCUCGAGUCAUCCAA